UGACUAAACUUCCGCCCCCUCCCUCCGCCCUGGCAGCGCCGGGCUCCGUGAGGGGCCGUGCGGGGCUCAGCGGCGGCCGGGCCCGGGCUGAGCCUCCCCGCGGCCGGGCGGCGCUCGGGGCAGCGUCCGCUCCCUGCCCGGCGGCUCCCGAUCCUUUAACCCACUUUAAGGAAAGAUCCUUUAACGCACUUGAAGGAAAAGCGACCUUUUCCCUCACGACUCAGUUCUUCUCCCCUCUGUCGCUGUUGGCUCCCAGGGACUGGGAGCAGCCAUAAAGCCCGGAGCCCCCAGAAGCCCGGGAUGCAGCGGGGCCGGGCUGUGCGGCGCAGCCCGGGCUGGCUCUCCCUGGCGCUGCUGCCGCUGCUGCUGCCGGCCGCCUGUGCCCGGCCUGCCAACCUGUCGGCGCUGCGGGGCCGGGAGGAGCUGCUGCCCCCCGAGCACCUGAACGGCGUCCGGCUGGAGCGCGACGGGCACCUCAACCGGGAGCUGCCCCAGGAGCUCUUCCUGGGCCGCGAGCGCGAGCGCUUCGAGGAGGACUCCCAGCCGCGCCGCAACAGGAGGAAGCUGGUGGGCAUCUUCGCCAAAGUGGAUCGAAAUAAUGAUCAAAAAAUCAGCGCCAAGGAGAUGCAGCGUUGGAUCAUGGAGAAAACAGAGGAGCAUUUCCAGGAGGCCGUGCAGGAGAACAAAAUGCACUUCAGGGCUGUGGAUCCUGAUGGGGAUGGUCACGUUUCAUGGGAUGAAUAUAAAAUUAAAUUCUUGGCCAGCAAAGGCUUCAAUGAGAAGGAAAUUGCAGAGAAAAUCAAAAACAACGAGGAAUUAAAAAUAGAUGAAGAAACGCAGGAGGUGCUGGACAACCUGAAGGAUCGCUGGUACCAGGCGGACAAUCCCCCCCCGGACCUGCUGCUGAGCGAGCAGGAGUUCCUGUCCUUCCUGCACCCCGAGCACAGCCGCGGCAUGCUGCACUUCAUGGUGCAGGAGAUCGUCCGGGAUCUGGACCAGGACGGGGAUAAGAGGCUGACCCUGCCCGAGUUCAUCUCGCUGCCCGUGGGCACGGUGGAGAACCAGCAGGCGCAGGACGUCGACGACGACUGGGUGAGGGACAGGAGGAAGGAGUUCCAGGAGGUCAUCGAUGCCAACCGCGACGGCAUCGUCACCAUGGAGGAGCUGGAGGAGUACAUGGACCCGAUGAACGAGCACAACGCGCUGAACGAGGCGCGGCAGAUGAUCGCCGUGGCCGACGAGAACCAGGACCACCAGCUGGAGCUGGAGGAGGUCCUCAAGUACAGCGAGUACUUCACGGGCAGCAAGCUCAUGGACUACGCGCGCAACGUCCACGAGGAGUUCUGACCUUCCUCCCCUUCCGGAACUCUCUAUCCGCUCCGCCCGCCGCCCAAACCCGAAAAUCCCGGGGCGGCGGCGGGAGUCGCUCCUGGCGCUGUGCUCCGCGGCUCCUCGCGGGGAGCUCCCUGCUGGAAAAACGCUGGGAAUUCCUGCAUUCGGGUAAUUUCCCUGUUCGGUUUGGGGUUGAAGGCAGCUGGAAUUCUGGGUGGGGGAGGAUUCUGGAAUAUUCCCUGGUUUCCUUCGGCUGCUCAUCCAGGGGAUCCCAAAUAAAACUUGGUUUUGGGUGGAGGAAUGUUUGUCCUCCACGCCCAAUUCCAUUUGAGAAUUUCCUUAAAUUUAGAGAAAUUCCUUAAAUUAUAUUCCCUUGUUGCCCCCACAGAUGCUGAUGCAGGGAAUCCCAAAUAAAACUUGGAUUUGGGGAAUUUUGGUGGUUCCAAGGAAUGUUUGUCCUCCACACCCAAUUCCAUUUGAGAAAUUCCUGACAUUUAUUCCCUUGUUGCCCUCACAGCUGCUCAUACAGGGGGUGCCUAUUAAAACUUGGAUUUUGGGAAUUUUGGUGGUUCCAAGGAAUGUUUGCCCUCCUGGGAAUAUCCACACUCAAUUGCAGUGUUUUUCUCAACUACCUGAAGAGUUGUUGGGAACUAAAUGGAAUUUUUUCAGGGAGCUGUAGGGAAGAAUUUAUUUGAAACGUUACAGAAAAACUUUCUGGAAUUAAAUAAAUAAAAUAACAUUAUUUAAAAUUAAAUUAUUAUAAAAUUACUUUUUUUGUUGUUAACAUCCGCACUGGCAAUGGGAGAUUCUGGAUUUAUAAAAUCAGAUUUUGGCCAAAAAUCAAACAAUUGGGAAGUUUUUUUGGUAAUUUAAGCCGUUGGACAGAGCAGUGGGAAUUCCCAUGGAGUUUUAUGGCUGCUUAAUUAAAAUUCAUUGCUAAAAUUAAUGAGCUCUGUGCUAUUUAAUGCUGUUAAUGAGCUGCUGAUGAUGAUAUGGGGGAAAUUCCAGGCUUUAGGUGAGCUCUAAAAAAGCAACUCUGUCCCAAAUAAAAUUGAUUUUUUCCUCUGCUUCCAACUUUCCUGGGAAAAACCCCUCUUUGGGAAAGAAUUCCUGAAACGAAUGAGAUGUUUUAUUUGAUUAAAUUUAUUCUUAAUAUAAUGUAAAUACAGGAAUUGCUAUCCCUCUUUCUCUUUUCCUGCUUUAUUUGAUGUUUUUAUUAAAUUCCUUGGAUAAAAUGUUUUAUAUACUUUUUUUGUUUGUUUUGUUUUCCAUUUAAUAUUUCUCUCCAUGCUUUGGAAAUUCUGCUGCUUUUAAAGUUUGGCGGGGGGCAGGGGGGGUGGGGGGAAAUAAGAGGAAUAAAUUCCAUGGAUAAUCUCCAAUAAAAUGAAUUUAAACACAAAAAUUCCAGUAAAA